GUAGCCAUCCAGUCGUGUACCUUUCCUGCACUUAUCCCCCGUACACAUCAACGAUCGCGCCAUUGUUGAAUCCCGUCGAUAUCGAGACACGUAUCGCCAUUAUGUUCUUUGCACGUCACGGAUCCUCGUAGCAGAAAAGCCGCCGGUCUGCGAACCAUUUAACGCAAGUACGCACACGGGUGUCAUUUUACGCGAUCGGAAAAAGAAGGAAGUGAGCGUGUCGCGUUUCUCGAGAGAACCAAGUGUUACCAAAGAUGACACGCGCGAGAGUAGCUUUCGUCCUGCUGCUGGGGUUCUGUUCUGUCGUUUUGAUGUCCUGCGAAGAGGAACAAAAUGCUACGCAGCCUAGCAGCGUGCUGAACGAGCCGGACUUCGCCACUCCCGAGUACAUAGUACCAUGCAGCCGGAAAGAUCCGAAGAUCGACUCGUGCUUUCAAAAUACACUCAUUCACCUCAGGCCGUACCUGGUGAAAGGUAUCCCGGAACUGGAACUGCCCCCGAUCGAGCCUCUGGUGAUUCCUGAAAUGAAAAUCGAAAACGGUCAGGGCCCGGUGCGCGUCCGCGCGAUCUUCACCAACAUCACCGCGAUAGGGCCAGGAAACUUCAGUAUCAGUAAAAUACGCAUAAACAUGGCUUCGUACAGAAUUGACAUCCACAUAUCGUUCCCGAAGAUCGAGCUUCAGGGUAACUACGACAUCAACGGAAACAUAUUGCUCUUCCCCAUUCAGAGUCACGGCCAAUUUUGGGCGUUAUUGGGUGACGUAGCGGCGAUCGCGCGUGUGCAGGGUGUUGAGGAAGUGAAAGACGGUGUUCGUUACCUAACGAUCGGGAAACUACUGAUCGACUUCAAACUCGGGCGAAUCCGAUUCCGCGUGACGGACCAUCUGAACGGCGACAACGUUAUCGGGCAGGCGAUGAAUCAAUUCCUGAAUCAGAACGCCCAUGAAAUCGUCGAAGAGCUCAAACCGGCGGCCAGCGCGAGUAUAGGCAAACACUUCAAGGAUUUCCUAAACAUCGCUUUCAGUAAAAUACCGCUGAAAGUCUGGAUGCAUGAUACGUAAUAGCUUGCGAAGGAGAACCUUCGAUAAUGUAUAGUACAAGUUCAUACGAUCCACGUGCACACAAAUUCAUCAUUGCACAUUGUUUCUCAUCAAAAUGCAAGAAGACACGUUUCAUGGUUGCGACAAAAAAUACAAAGAUACAAAUUAUCGUAAGGUGUAAGAAUUCAUUUCUUUUUAAUUGAGAUAUAUGACGCUGAGCGAGUGACAUGACUAAGUUAACUAAGAUUCUACACAAGGCAUCUUAGAAUCAAUAUCAACGCAUAACGUUUCAAAAGACUAAGUUCAUUAUUUUCUCGAUGGGCUCUUUAUUUUAUAUUAGCGAAGUAAAUAAUGCUUGUUAAAUUAAUCUCGAUCGAUUUGGAAGAACAAAUCCUGAAUCGAGACAGUGAAGAAUACUUUUCGAAUUGCUGCAACGUUCGCAAUUGCAACAUUUUCAAACUUUAUUCUUCGUUUCUUCUAAUCGGCAAAAUGAUUAAUUCGAUAUUAUUCGAUACUGGGAUAUUCGUAUUUGUAUUAUAAUUAUAUUAAUUAUAUGAUUAGUGUAUAUGAUUAUCAAGUUAUUGUAUCUCGAUUUAUAAUCGGAUGCACAUAUGUGUGUCUCGUAUAAAUAAUUACAUAAAGUUGUAUGUAUAAAAUAUAUUUAAUAGAAAAGUAGCCGUCAAUAA